AUGCCGCACAAACAUUGUUCCAGAUCCCCCUCAGCUUCAGAGAGUGACACCAGCAGCGACUCUUCUAUUUCCUCAAUGGAACACUUGCAACCUUGCCUUAAGAAGCUGUCUAAAAAACAUGGGCACAAAUCUGAUAAAGGUGAUCGAGAAGUCAAGCAAGCUAAGAUCUCGAAAGAGAACAACUCUGAACUCGAAGCUCAAGAGGAUUAUCUUGUGGCAGCACAUGCCAUGGCACGUUGCACUGAUCUGUUUUGCAACAUGGAGAAACUUCUAAGGGUAGGUCUACUCCUACAGCAAGAGCAGGCUGCAGAGAAUGGAGAAUUGGAAGAGUCAGAGGUCGAGCACGAAUCCCGUCAGAAAAGGCUUGCAAUUCGACCAAUACCCUCAAUCAGUACAAGCGCAACUAUCAGCAGUUGCUCCAAGGAACUCACUCAGAUCACACAAAAGAUGACUGCUGUUAUCAGUGGAACACGUUUGGAUGAUGCAACUCACUUAAAGGCCCAAAUCAGCCACUAUGCGGUGCCUGAACCAUUAAAAGAAGGUUUGAAGCCUACAAUCUACAACGGCGGCUCACUGUCCAGGGUGCACAUGGGCAUCAAUCACCCUGUGCUUGCUUCUUUUCUUUGUCUGAUAUCAGCACUCACUGAUUUCAACCGAGAUCCCACAUUGGCCCAAAAAUGGAUGGAGAUCAGACGUAUCUGUAUGACCUCAAUCGACUUUCCGGUGUUUCUGUGGGCCGGAAAUCCUCCUGGCAGCAGGUACAACAAGGAUGCCAUGCACGAGGGCCUGUUCCAGGGCUAUCUCAUCGAGCAUAUAAUGUGUCAUAUUUUUACAGGUCCUUCCACUGCAUUAGGUGACGACUCGUGCACUACACAUUUGUGCAAUAUGUCCCUGCAUGACAUGACUACUGUCGAGGCAGAGCAUAUAGCAUAUGUUUGCAUUCAGGCACGCUUUGCCAUCAGCAACAAGAACAAAUGGUCUGAAGCAGACAGUCAAUUCAACAAUCGCGCAUUCUAA